AUGGGGACUUCGAAUUCUUCAGUUAGAACCUCGGGAGUUUACGUCUCACAUGGAUUCCCUCUUGCCUCGGCAAAGCUUUGGUUUCAUGAUCAACACAAGUAUCCAGGCGAGUCCGGAAUAGACUUCAUUUCGGUAUAUAAGCAUUGUGGUUGGUCAACACCAGUCGCUAGAUGCCCCGCUGAAUACACCUUCGCUGCAUUCGUCUUCAUGGUCUCGUACAAGAUUCUCGUAGGUGGCUAUACGUCAGCCUUGACGACUUUGUCGUUUACGUCUGGCAACACAAACCUGCCCACUGUCUCAACCAUCUCAACUACGAAUCCAAGUUGGAUCACUGCCCAUCCGACAAACAAAAGUGUCAUUUUUGCCACUCAGGACUCGUAUUUUGGAGGAGUGCAGUCAUUUUUGGUUGGCUCGCAAGGGCAGUUGACGAAGAUCGCAUCCGUUUCCACAGGAGGAGAUAGCCCUGCUCACAUGAUUGUGUCCAAGGAUGGAAAUGAGAUUGUAGUCAUGAAUUACAACAGCGGAACCGGCCUAAACGUACCUCUCACCGGCGACAAAAGCCGCUUCGGAACUGCGUAUCCGAUUAUCAAAUUCACUGGCUCCGGUCCCAAUCCCAGUCGUCAGACCAGUUCUCACCCCCACGCGAUCAUUCAAUAUGGCAACGAGUAUCUGGUCCCAGAUCUUGGUUCAGACAAAAUAUGGAGACUGACAAAGUCCAGUUCGGGCGCCUUGCAGAAUAGCGGAUACAUCCAGCAACCUUUGGGAAGCGGGCCCCGUCACGGUGUCAUCGACGGUAAUACACUAUACACAAUCCACGAACUUUCCAAUACAGUUAUCCAACAAACUAUCCCUGCUCUUGGAUCGAAUUCCCAGGCCCCCAUUAUCGCCAAUAUCUCUAUCCUACCAACCGACUCUAACAACCCUAGCGCACAUACUGCUGCCGAACUAAUCCUCUCACCCGUCACAAGUGCUUUCCCGAAACAAUACUUGUAUGCCACCAAUCGCGGAGACUCGAGCGAUGCCAUUACUAUCAUUGACCCCGCGAACAACGGUCUUAGAAUCGUCAAGCAGUUCCGGACUGGACUUAGUAGCAUGCGCGGAGCCGCAUUGAGCCCUGAUGGUACUUAUCUGGUCACUGGCGGGCAAUACAAUGGGCUCGUGGUUGUUUACGAGCGCAUCAACGGAGGGGCAGAUUUGAAGGAGGUUGCUCGGGCAUCUGGCUUCAAUCAACCGUUUAGCUUCCUUUGGGUAUGA